UUUCCCUUCCGCCUUCCAGGUGCUUUUGAGCUUCUCGCAUUUUUCGCGGCUCUGUGUUCAAGGCCAUUACGGUAAAUGUGCUCCCCUCGGUGCUUCUUGGGAGGCUUUGGACGCAAACAGCUCACACACGCGCACACACUCCUCCACUCGAAGGAUAACGCGGAACAUUAACUAUCGUCCAUAAAAACCGGGCAACCAUGCGACCACCGCUUCCCCGUGAUUGCUCUUCGCGUUUCUCCGUCUCGCUCGAACCGUCCCCGGCAAGCUAAGAAGCGAGUUUUCCGAAUUAUUCCUUCCAGUGUGUCUGCUUUUUUUUCUCCCCCCCCCACAAGGGGGGUGUGGCGUAGCUUGUUGUAAGCCUUUAUCAACACCGACUUAGACAGCGAAACGGCGCCCGAGGAAAAGCGUCGUCCCGUGGGAGGAGGCGGAGUGGAAGGAGGGUGGCCUCCGGUGGAGGAAGGGGGCUGAAAUCUGUCAACAGUAGACGGCGUGAAGAUGACGAUGUCCGUCCCGGAGAGGAAAUCGGGAUCGGAGGGGAAGGAGGAGGAGAGCGAAGAUGAGAGCGAGAUCCUGGAGGAAAGCCCCUGUGGACGAUGGCAGAAGCGCAAAGAGCAGGUGAGUCAAGGCAAUGUCCCGGGCGUGGAAAGCGCCUCCCUGGCCAUGGACACGGAGGAAGGGGUGGAGGUGGUUUGGAAUGAGGUGCUUUUCUCCGACAAGAAGGUCUUCAAAGCUCAGGAGGAGAAGAUCAAGGAGAUGUUUGAGAACCUGAUGCAGGUGGAGCAUCCCAACAUUGUGAAGUUCCACAAGUACUGGCUUGAUAUGAAAGAAAGUCAGGCUCGGGUUAUCUUCAUCACGGAAUACAUGUCGUCAGGCAGCCUCAAGCAAUUUCUCAAGAAAACCAAGAAGAACCACAAGACCAUGAAUGUGAAAGCCUGGAAAAGGUGGUGCACACAGAUCCUCUCCGCCCUCAGUUAUCUGCACUCGUGCGAUCCACCAAUCAUCCACGGCAAUCUGACGUGUGACACCAUCUUCAUCCAGCACAACGGACUCAUCAAGAUCGGCUCAGUGUGGCAUCGGCUCUUUGUGAACGUGUUCCCGGAUGCCAACGUCCAGGGAAAGGGGAGGCAACAUCGUGACGAGCAGCGCAAUCUUCAUUUUUUUGCACCUGAAUAUGGAACCGGCGAAGAUGACUACGCCAUAGAUAUUUUCUCCUUCGGCAUCUGCGCUCUGGAGAUGGCAGUGUUGGAGAUCCAGGCCAACGGAGACGCUGCCGUCUCCAAGGAGGCCAUCGUCAACGCCGGCCAAUCCCUGGAAGACCCUCUCAUGAGAGAGUUCACGCAAUCGUGUUUGCGCCCCGACGCCAAGCUCCGUCCGACCGCCCACGACCUCCUCUUCCACCGCGUCCUGUUUGAGGUGCACUCGCUCAAAUUGCUGGCCGCCCACUGCCUCAUCAACAAUCAGUACUUGCUGCCCGAGAACUGCGUGGAAGAGAGGACCAAGUCCUUCGACCCGAACGCUGUCAUGGCAGAAAUCAAGCAUGAAGACAGGCUGGGAGUUCAGCUAAAGUACUCCCAUGUGUCCCCUUUAGAGCUGGACAAGUUUCUGGAGGACGUCAAGAACGGGAUUUACCCCUUGAUGAACUUUGCCUCGUCCCGGCCGCAUCCCGUCCCUCGCGCCCUCUCCUUGUCGCAGGAGCAGGUGGAGAUAGUCAAAACGCCCACGCCGGAACCCCAAGAGAUGGAGAGCAGGAAGGUCAUUCAGAUGCACUGCAACUUGGAGUCGAAUGAGGAAGGGACCAAAACUCAUGUGAGUCACGUAGUACCGGUACAUCAGCUUUCUUUAUUUCUCAAGAUGGACGAUAAACUUCACCGGCAGCUUAGCUGCGACAUCCUUCCGACCGACACAUCCAAAGACCUUGCCGGCGAACUAGUUCACUACGCCUUCAUAAAUGAGAUGAUGAAGAAUACAUGCCUGAGGAUAUCGAAAAGGUGGCCGCGUUCCUGGAGGACGCCAUCAAGCGACAUCGGGUACGAGCGCUGCCUUCCGGGAGCACGCAGUGAGGGAAAGGGGGGAAGUGGCGGCAGCCCGUGGAUGGAUGGCAGGUGGGACCAAGGGGUCCUUGUGUGGGGGUGGGGGGGCUUUUAUGGCGUCCUACAGAUGGAGCAGGAGCCUGUUUGCAGUCAAAGCAUCACUGAGGGAUGUUAAGAAAACCACAGUAAGCUUAAGGAAGAAGUCACAGCGAUCGAGGGGGGGAAAAAAAGGGACCAGGUGGACCAGGCGUCAUGGUUUUCUUCUGAUCAACUCCCCCCGAAGGGCACGUUUGCCUUAACACAUGUUGGUUCCAUAACAGAUGCCGUUAUUGCCCACAUCCAGCCAUCUUGUCCGACGAAUGUUUUACUGGUCGCCAUUUUUGCACUUCAGUGUCCAUCAUGACCGGCCAUUAUUCCCCUUUUUUAUUUAAAUUAAGUACUCCAUCCAUCUUGCACUGUUAAAACUAAUUAACUGUGGACUUAUUUAUUACUUAGAAGCAACGCACAAGGUUGUCAUUCGGGCUCUUUAAUAAUUCUGCGCUUCCUUCUACUUGUCCCCACAGCCUCUCUUUUUAGCCUGCGGUUCUCUUAAGGGCUUUCCCCCUUCCUCACUCCAAAUGUUCUGAGUGCCAAAGACUUGUUGCAAAGUGCCUGAUACAGCAUGAAAACACAAAAUGGAGUUCAGACUAAUUGGGAAUGGAUUGAAGUGUAUUUCAAUGACUGAUAGAAGAUUUCAUUUAGCAUCAGUGCACUGGUCCCCAGCUCAUCCAGGAAUCAUUGACAGCCCAGUUAAAAAGGUCGAAAAAUUGCCAAGAGAUGCCACAAGAUGGUGGAAAAGCAUUAAGGUUUGCUGUGAGACGUGGCUACGAGCUCCACCCCUGAUCCGAAUGUGCAAAUGAACUUCUACUUGAACUCUUGGUUCGUGUGCGUUGGAUGUAAAUAUCGGUUUGACUUCUUACUUCAAAUCAUGCAGUUGGCUUAAUCCAAAUAAUUGCGAUUUUUGUCACCAAUGUAACUCUUGCUUUAUUUUUCUGUUGCCCCAUCGAGUUUUUCAUGUCAGCGAGAAGUAAUAAUCUAUUUUUGUUUUUGUUUCCAAAGGUCAUACCAAUUAGUACAAUACUGCUAAUGUAUGCAUAACAUUUAUUAUUAUUAGGGGCCCCUCUUAUAAUCGCAGUUUCUUUUCAACGGCCUUAACAUGCCCAAAGUCAAUUUUUGUGUGUGUGUGUGUGUGUACUGGUGAAUAUGUAUGUUUUUUCUGUGUGUUAAAAACAUCCCCUCAAAACUCAUUCAGUAGUGACUCCCACUGGAAAGUUAGAAAAAAAAUAGCCCCUGACACGAGUUGUUAACAACCAAUUAGCUGGACGGGUCUGUUGUAACAGAAUGCACGAAAAAGUCUCAAGGACACAUUGCCUGAAAUUCAACAGGACGUCCUCCAUUUUUGUUUGAGGCGGCCAUUUUGGAUUACAUUUGAUGUGGUAGGGGCCUGCCAAAGUUGGAAGGAAAGGGGCAUUCAAAAAAAAAAUCUGCCUCUACCACCAGUUUCAACCUGAACAUGAAAUUUGGUGGACAUUUCUAUCAUAGCUGGGUGCACAAAAAGGUUUCAAGGACCCAAGGCCAAAAUUGAACAAGAGGUCAGACAUUUUGGGCCACUUGCGGGGCUCAUACAAGAAAAUCCAUACAAAUAGACCCCAAUCUGACUGAACCCAAUGUAGAUGUCAAAGUGAAAAAAAUCCACAUUGCAACCCAUCCAAUUUUAAUUUUGAUCGUGAUUCCUGUAGGAUGUUGACACAAAAACAUAACAUGCGAUAGAUGUGUCACGUAUUGUAAAUUCAAUGUUUUUGCUUCCAGCAAUAAUAUUUUGAGUAAAUAUUUUUUUCCAAUGACAAUUCUACAUUGUUUGUAAAUUGUCUACACUUGUUUUGUCUAUGUUCUGUAAAUUCCCAUUUUAAUAACAGACUGCUGUAUAGUGACUGCUUUGAGUUUUACUUUUGCGUAUCUCUGCGGACGGGAGUGCAGAAUCUUCCCGGAUAUUUACCUUCCAUACAGGCUGUGGAGUAUAUUUCAAUGUGGCUUUUAGGUGAGAGUUUAUUGUGGUUCCUACUCCCAUGUGAAAGAGUGCCACUCUUGCUCUUCUACCAUCUUGUAGGCUGCAUGUCUUUAAAAAAUAGCCUGCAAGCAUUCAAAACUUUGCAUAUUGCCUUUGUCAAUAACAGUUCAGUUCGAGGAAGGUGGGGAGUGAUUGUGAAUGUUUGCAUAAAUGAUACAGUAAUGAUUUAAAAAAAACAUUCAUAUUGGUCUUACCAGUCAAAGCUGAUGAAUGAAACUUGCCUUUGGGUGUGCUCUACUUAAGCAUUUGUAAUAUAUUGUAGCAUUGGCAGUUAAAUAAAUAAACUUGUGACAUACUGA